CUGGCACAUAGUAAGGUGAGGAGCUGUGGACCGAGAGGAACGUCUGGCAGCUCCUCCAUGGUGUCCUCAACCAGACAGUCAUCAUCAUUUUCAAGGAAAGGCUGUCUGUUUAAUCUGGUCACAGAGGGACGGUGGCUGUGGUCCAUGAACUCACAGAAAUUCUAAACCAUCUUCGAGGAAGGAAUCAUCCAUCUGAAGGGUGCUAAAGGGAAAGUAAGACGAAUAAGGAGAAUGGAGCUGCAGCAAGCGGCCCAGAUGGAUGAAGAGGAGGAAAAGGAGAAGAAAAUCACGUCUCAGAUCCAAAGCAAAAUGAAGGACCGGCUCCCAGAACUUCUGGACUUAACCAGGCAGUGCGACCAGCAGUUCCCAGGCGAAGACGAUGACUUUGAUGCGCCCCACGAGGACAUCGUGUUUGAGACGGAUCACCUUCUGGAGUCCCUGUACCGGGACGUCAAGGACCUUCAGAAUGAAAACCAGCAGUUGAUAGCCGACGUGAAGCGGCUGGGAAAGCAGAAUGCUCGCUUCCUCACAUCCAUGCGGCGCCUCAGCAGCAUCAAGCGGGACACCAGCUCCAUUGCCAAGGCCAUCAAGGCCCGGAUCGAGGCCAUCUACCGCAAGCUGUGUGCCAUGAAGGCGCAGUGCGAGGCGGCUGAGGCCCAGCACGGCGAGCACUCGGCCGUAGCGCGCAUCUGGCGGGCACACUACUGCGCGCUCACCCGCACCUUCGAGAGCGCCAUGCACGAGUACAACCAGGCCGAGAUGAAGCAGCGCGACAACUGCAAGAUCCGCAUCCAGCGCCAGCUGGAUAUCAUGGGCAAGGACGUCUCGGGCGACCAGAUCGAGGACAUGUUCGAGCAGGGCAAGUGGGAUGUGUUCUCCGAGAACCUGCUGGCCGACGUGAAGGGCGCGCGGGCAGCCCUCAACGAGAUCGAGAGUCGCCGCCGCGAGCUACUGCAGCUGGAGAGCCGCAUCCGCGACUUGCACGACCUCUACAAGCAGAUGGCCCGGCUGGUGGAGCAGCAGGGCGACACCAUCGAUACCAUCGAGCUCAACGUGCAGAAGACCCUCGACUACACGGGCCAGGCCAAGGUGCAGGUGCGCAAGGCGGUGCAGUACAAGAAGAAGAACCCCUGCCGGACUCUCUGCUGUUGCUGCUGCCCUUGCCUCAAAUAGCAGGCCGGACGGGGCCCCCGCGCCCCAUCCCCAACAGGAGUGCGCCGGGAAGCACACUCAGAAAGACUUGAGGGUCCUCUGCGCUGGGGUGAGUUGUCCCAGUCCCUAGCUAGGGACCUCAGUCUUUAGAGAAAGAAGAGACUCGAGGUCCAAGAAUUCCAACUCAGCUUGUGCUCUAGAAGAUGGUUGAUGCCGUCCCCUGUUUCUUCAGUAAGGACGGGUACCUAGCGAAGUUGUGUGAGGUCGUCACGUGGCAUUUUGCGCCCUUGCCCUGUUAAGAGAAGCCAAAUAGGGAACUGACGUUGUCGCGUGCUGUGGGGUAAAUGUCCCCGGAUGUUUCCUUGUGAAACUCUAGGAGGAAGUCAAUUCUGCGUCGGCUGAUAGCAUGGACUCAUUACCAAAAAAAUUCAUGUACUCCAUCCUGAAAGUACCUUGGUUCUGUUCGAUUUCACGUGAAAUUGACCUUAGGGAAAACCGUAUGCCUUUCAUUUCUGAUUCUUCAUCUGGCAUAUGCUAUGUGAUUCCUGCCUAGAUGUGUAUCUUCAUUCUGCUCACCUCCCCUACUUAUUAAAAUCACAUUUUACAUCCACUGUUUCCUUAUCUCCUUCACUUUUAAUAACUUCUAUCAGAAUAUAUUUUGGGAUUUUUUUUCCCAAAUAUUUUUAAGCACUGAGUAUUGAACAAGCACUCAAAUUGAAGUAUCAGUCACAUUUUAUAUAUUUUUCAUAAAUGAAAAUUAUUUAAAAUUUAUCUUUUUACUUGAUUAUUACAAAUGCACAUAUAUAUGUAAUGUAAAGUACUAAUAUUUGCUAACACGUGUACAUAGUGACCAAUUGGUUUAACUUUACUUUUGUAAAUAUGAUACAUAAACAUCAGGAAAAACACUUUUACUGGUUGAUGGUGUUGAUUUGCUUGUUUUGACUUUUAUUUCACUCCUGUCUGCAUCUCCAUAGUCCAGUUUGGGUCAAAACUUUAUUUUGAACAACUCUGUGUUGGUUAUGGUGAUAAAGACAGAUGUCAAAGGCUGAAAAUGCACACCGAACGAGAGAUAAUAAAAUGACAUUCUUGGAAAUGUUACUUUUGUUUUACUGAGGACAUUCCUUUCAUGCAUUGAAUGGAGUCAUUUAAAAUAAAAGAAUCUUGUUUUUCAAGUUAGUUUAAUAAACAUCACACUAUAAAUAUCC